AUGAAGACCAACGUUCUCGCCUACACCUUCCUUGUCGGAGCUGCCUUCGCUCAGGGUGAUGUUCCCACCACCCUCCAGACUGCUAUUCGUCCUUCUGGCAGCGGCCGCCCCGGGUUCCCCCCUGGGUUUCCGUCUGGACGCCCCGGCUUCCCAUCUGGCUUUCCCUCCGGCCUCCCUUCUGCCGGCUUCGGUGGCCCGGCUCCGAGCGGGCCUCCCCCUUCUGGGUUGCCCAGCGGGUUCCCCACUCCGAGUGAUGCCCCUGAGGGCGGACUAGAUCGUCGCCAGUUCUCUGGGUUUCCCACUGGACCUCCUGGCUCCCGACCAACGGGAUCUCAUGGGGGCCAUCACUCCGGUCGUCCCAUUGGAACCCCAACAGGAUUCCCCUCGUUCCCCACUGGCAGCGGCUUCCCGUCUCCCUCGGGUGUGGCCAACGGCUUUGUAGCUGGUCAGGAUCGGGCCUCCGGCUUUCCCUCUGGCUUCCCCACCGACUUCCCUUCUGGUUUCCCUACCGACUUCCCCUCUGGCUUCCCUACAGGCCUCCCUACCGGUUUCCCAACCGACUUUCCCUCUGGCCCUGCUGGACCUGCUCCUACUGGUGGCUUCGGCGGUUUCGGUGGUCAGGGUAGACCUGGCGGUGCUCCUAGCGGCUUCCCUUCCGGAUUCCCCAGCGGGGGUGCUGGUCCUCGGCCCACUAGGUCAGCUGGACCUGCCCCCUCAGGUGGCCCCGAGUCGGGUGCCUUCGGCCGCCGUGCUCGUGAUUUCUUUGGAUUCUAG